AGCGCGUCAGCUGGUUUAUGUUUACAUCGCAUCUAAUAUUCGCAGUCAAGUUAGGCGUUAUUGUGCUCGGAUCCAAACACACGACAUACGCUUUAAUGUGAUCGAUGGACAUUGUUAGUUUGUACGAGACAACCGCCGAGGCCCGCAAUCACACGACAGUGAUCGGCUCUCCUCCUCAGGACUGUCCUUAAAGGCUCUUCUGCGUUGAUCAUGGGUGGAGCUGUGAGCGCGGGUGAGGACAACGAUGAGCUGAUUGACAACCUGAAGGAGGCCCAUUACAUCCGCUCCGAUCUGGUGGAGAGGGCCUUCCGAGCCAUCGACAGAGCCGACUAUUACCUGGAGGAGUACCGUGACAGUGCUUAUAAAGACCUGGCCUGGAGGCACGGAAACCUCCAUCUGUCUGCUCCAUGUAUCUACUCAGAGGUGAUGGAGGCUUUGGAUCUGCAACCUGGCUUGUCUUUUCUCAACUUGGGCAGCGGGACGGGUUAUUUGAGCACUAUGGUGGGCCUUAUACUGGGUCCGUUUGGUGUGAAUCACGGUGUGGAACUACACACAGAUGUGGUUGAUUAUGCCUAUCAGAAACUCGACUACUUUAUCAAAAACAGCGACAGCUUUGACAAGUUUGAGUUCUGUGAGCCGACCUUUGUUGUGGGGAACUGUCUGGAGAUUCCUCCGGAGAGCCGGCAGUACGACAGGGUUUACUGCGGUGCAGGAGUUCAGAAAGAGUAUGAGAACUACAUGAAGAACCUGCUGAAAGUUGGCGGGAUAUUAGUUCUCCCCCUGGAGGAGAAGUUGACCAAGAUCACCCGCACAGGUCAGAGUUCCUGGGAGACCAAGAAAAUCAUCGCUGUGACCUUUGCUCCGCUCGUCCAGCCCAAACAGAAUGUCAAUGGCAGACCUAGAAGUGUUCCUUUACCCAUUUUUGAGGUGCGGACAUUGCAGGACUUGUCACGGAUUGCCAUCCGCCACACUCUGCGGCAGCCUAUAGCAAUGGGUGAAGGACGCACAAAGAGACGGGUGUCUUUCCCAGGGGCCCGGGCCAUGCACCGCUAUGGGCCCCGCUUCGAACGGCGCCGCUUCUGCCGCCGCUUCUACCGCCAAUGCGUCAACUCUGUGGUUCUCCACGACUCCAUGAUUCCCACAGCCAUGGACGAUUGCAACUACCCUGGAGGAGUGGAAGAGGAAGAGGAGGAAGUGGAAGAGGAAGAAGAAAGGGGCUGCCGGCGAGUGAGAGAAGACCUGCCUGAGGAGGACGAGGAGGGUUCUGGUGAAGAGGAGAAAAGCAAAGGCGGCUGCGCUCGUGUGGAGCCUCCUGUUAAUAUUCUGAGGGAGAAGAUCCUCAGACUGCCAUUACCUGAACCCCUGAAGAUGUAUCUGCUGUAUUACAGGGAGAAAUGAGACGUGGUCGGAGAUCAGACGUGCGGCGUAGCGCUAAGACGAUUAGACAUGAAGAAAAGCCUUCCUCCUCCACCUCUUCUCAAACUGGAUUAGCAUGACAAUUAAGUCCUCAAUUAAUGGCAUCACGAUAUCCAUGUCUCUUUGAGAAGCAAAGCUCCUUGAUUGGGGAUGCACAGAAAGGGAACUGAAGGACUGAGCUGGCUUCCAGAAUAAUCAAUGUCGCUUGGGUUUAUCCGGCUCUUUUUGUAAUUCGGUAUUCCCCUCGAUUGAGAUGAUCAAACGUCAACAUCACCUACGACACAUUGUCCCUGUGGGAAUUGCUUGUUGCUGUGCUCUUUUAGAGUAGCGCUGCUUUGGGAUGUGGCUUAGUUUGAUUUGGUGGAUUGAGUAUUUUUCAAUAGCUUUAAGGUGUGGUCACGUUUUCCGUUGCUUGGCGAAAUCCAGUACUUUGGUUAGAAUAUGAGCAACUGGAAGUUUGACUUGACGAAAUGUUCUUCACUCAGAUUUUGCUCAUGUUCAGGCUGCUCACAUGAAUUUAACUAUUUGAAGCUUUGCUUGGGAGUGACUUCUGUGUAAUUGGUGCUUCAUGGUUUUGUGAGAAUAUGAAAAUGUGAUUCACGCAAAUUUGAUUUGGGCUGCACUAUAAAUCACAUGCGAUUGUUGUGUAUAUUUGUCAGUAAAGCCCACUCUAGUAAUCAACUGUAAAUCUCCAUGUUACAACCUCCUGGCUCAAGAAAGUAGCAACAAAACCAAAUAAAGAUCCACUUCAGAAAAUCAAAUCAACUUAAAUAUAUUUAAUAAAAAAUUAAGUGAAAUGAUGCAUAAAUAUAAACUCCAGAGCUGAAGAGGGAAGGAUGAACACCCACAGUCCUGUUCUCUUGGUCUUUAUCCAAACGCACAUCAGAGGUAACACUCCGCACCUGGUCCAAACGCAAUCACGGCAAAACAUUGCACCUGUUCAACACUCCAGAAGAAUACCAGAUCAUGGAACACCUCCAUCUAGUGGACACUGGUUAACAGAACCUUACGACCGUCACACUCUAGCAUAUGGGAACAGAUAAAGCAGUGUUUACUGUAUAGAGCCAUAUGCUUAUUUCACGCGGCCGCUAUUUUAAAGAACCAAAGCGAGGCUGCGGUGGGAAGAAACCCGGAAGUAUAGGAUCAGCACUGUACACAUUGCAACAACAUGCUAUGGACUACAAAUUUCCAGCUGUUGCUGCGAUUUCAAAAUGCAGAAAUGGUGUAAACAUCACUUUAAUAUAAUUCAGUUCAGUUUAAUUUAAACAAUUAAAAGCAUAUUAGACAUCAAACAACAUCACAAUCUCUUUAAGAGUGUCCUCCUAGGCUUCAGUUCAUGGCACCAGGUAAACACUGAGGAAGCUUCUCUGCUUUAGCCUAUAGUAACCCAGUGAACAAUUAAAACAAUGCAGUCCUCUGUAGCACUAAUAGUUUUGUCCCGGUGCUGAAGUUUUAAAAGCGUCCAUUUCCUGCUAACAUUUAAGCGCUACUGAGCGCGUUCUUAAACAGCUGAUUUGCCAUAGUAUUCACUGCUCUUCACAGAUUGCAAACACUGAUAUACACGGACACUGAAGCGUUUUAAAGCCGUGAAGAUCAGACGAUUCAUCAAGCGGAUCGCUUGUUUGCACUCGGUAAACAUCAGUGAAGUACGAUUAAACUGAUGACCUUCACGGCCAGUCACAAUCAUUUCUGUUGAGCACGUGAACACAAUGGCAAAUCAGUGCUGUUUAAGAACGCCAUCAACAGUGCCUCAAAUGUUAACAGGAAAUGGACGUUUUUUUUUAAAAUUUCAGUACCUAAAUUUUGUAUCGUGACAUGUCUAACAUAGUAAAAGAAUCAGUUCAUUAACUUGAGUUUGAUGAAUGGCAUCUAAAACGUGUGUUUGGCAAAGAAAAUGUUAGCUAACUAGAGCCAUUUCCCUUAACUUAGCUGAAAACGAGGUCCGAUAUCCUUUUUUGUUUUCACUAUUCAUUCAGAACAGACCUUCGGGUCACUCGGGAGGUGGUAAAGGUAUAAAUUUGUGUCACUUUCUCUGAUAACUGAUUAUACAGCCAGGUACACAACAUCCUGUGUGACUCAAACGAUACUUCGAGGUUUCUUCCCACCGCAGCCUCGAUUUCGCCGUUUAAAAUGGCAGCCGUGUGAAAUCAGUCUAUAGUUUGCUGUCAGGCUACGCUAAAUACCACAUCAAAUUAGGCAUGACACGAUAACCCGUUUCAAGGUUUACUGCGGUUUGGAAAAGUCAAAGUUUUAAAACCUCUAAAAUUUUCUUCUAUACCGUUCCUACAGCAUACUUUUUAUUUAUGUGUUUUUAUGAUUGUUUUAUUUAAUUUUUUUAGGGCAAAGCUAUUGGUCAGGCCACGAUUCAGAAUCGUGAACAAAUCACUUAUAAAACAACAUCCAAGUAUGCUAUAGAGCUGUACAGUGCAGUGGCUUUAUUUUAUAUCCAAAGAAAAGAAAGAUCUCCAAAGAUAGAAGAUAGAAACUAAUGAAUUGGCAGAAGUCAACGAUUUAGUUGAAUUUAGAGGAUGUACCGACUAUAUUUUUUGCGGCGCGGGAAUAAAUUUCCAAAUAAAACGCGGUAGAGGUCGGUAACUCUGGUGUAAUUUGAACGGUAGCGGGUGGUCUGACAAUAUAGUGCUCCUGAUAAUAUAUGAUUUGAUAUAUGAAA